AUGACACAUACCACUGGGUCCAGUGCAAAGCCAUCCAGUCCUGGGAGCUUACCGACAUCACCAAAGCCAAAUCGGGGUUCUACAAUACAAACGACGAAUACCGCACGAGGGGGCUCGUCGGGAACCACACAUGCAAACUCUACACCGAAUCCAGAAACAUCAAACCCAACUUCUACGCCGAAUUCAAAAAUGACGGAUAUCGCACAUGGUGGUUCCUCUGGACCAACUAAUCCAACUUCUGCACCUACUACACAAACAACUGGUACCACGCAUGGUGGCUCCUCGGCGACUUUUUUAGCAGAGUCCUCCGGCCAUCCCUCGAAGACCACGUCUUCAGGUCCAGGUGCUACCAACUUCCCAGUAAUCUUUGGUGGACUUGUCAAGGAUGGCGACCAUGCUCUAGACAACAGAAACACCAAGACAGAUUAUCUGAAUAAGAUCAAAACCACCAAGGAUGAAAUCAAAGAUUACCUCGAUAAACUACCUGACCAGCCCGACGUUAAGGGUGUUCAAUGCUCUGGUAACAAGCGCAAACGUAGUUUGCUAUCUAGCAUUUCAGGUUUGGCGGGGAAUAUUGGGAAGCUUGUUACUUGCGCGGACCAGGUUUUGGACAACAUAGAUCAUGUUGUCAAGGGUGUUCAUCCAGAUAUUAAGGAAUUUGGCGAUUUGACUGACGCUAUUGAUGAGAUUGGGAAGGAUAUAAGAGAAACCGACGACAACAACAAGCAAUCUUCGGCAAAGCAAUCUGAUCACUCCACCCAGACCACUAAUGCAUCGGAGCCUGAGUCGUCAUGUACUAAGACGACAGCACCCGUGUGUACAGUGACUGUUUAUCUGUCAACUUCACAUUUCCCUUCUGGCUCAGGUUCAACACUGCUGACGAAAACAAAAACCAAAUGUGAUACUACGACUGCAUGCUCCGCAAAACCAACAACCCAGACUACUACUAUCUCAGGAGAUGCAUCAUGUACUCAGACAGCUGUACCCAUAUGUACAGAGACCAUUUCUCUCUCAACCUCAUAUUUCCCCACCAUGUCAGGUUCGAGUAGUUCAGGCUCAAUAGUGUUCACUAAUACCGCCACUUCUUGUGUAACAACAAGUGCCUGUGAGGCUAUAGCACCAACUAUGACCACCAUAGUAUCAGGGACAAUAACUUCAUCAAGCUUAAGCAAACUGCUCCUAAUAUAUAGAGACCUGGACCAAAAGGACAACCCCAUUAUAGAAAAAUUCGACCAAGAGCUUAAAGAACAGGUUGGAGCAAGCAACGUGUACACGGCCGGUAGUAGUAAUUCUUCUCUUGGGAUUCUUAUGUGGGCUGCUCCUUUAAAUUCUACCCAGGUUGAAGAAUUUAACAAAAGCUCUGCGGUUGCUGAUAUUGGACCUGGUGGUAAUAUAAGAAUAGAAUGGUUCUCUCAAAACAGCACAGCUGGUCCUUUGCUAUCUCGGAAAAACAAAAGGACUGAUAUUUAUAAAAGAAACGACGAAAGUUACCUUGUUUCCCAAGUCAACGCAGAUACCUCACUGAGAGUCGUAUCACAGCCGAGAAACGUGCCUAUGAUUAAUCUGAUUGAUGAUUACAGAUAUAAUUCUGCUGCAGGCGAGGGUAUAACUGUCUACGUAGUCGAUUCUGGUGCUAAUACCUUUCUUUCCGAAUACCGGGGAGUGGUAGGCAAUAUACGUUGGCUGUUCCGUGCAAACCCUAAUAUUCCAGGCGCUUGGCCUAACAAAGAGUCUGAUGAAACUGGCCACGGAACUUGCAUUCUUUCCAAAAUAGCAGGGCCACGAUAUGGUGUUGCUAAGAAGGUGGAUGUAGUAAUAGUCAAGACGUUCUCCGGGGAGUUUGACAAAGAAAUGCAAGAUUUCGAGGUGAUAAGCGUGUGGAGUGCCGUUAAGCAAGACAUUGAGAACAAUAAUCUUCAAGGGAAAGCAGUUGUCAACUAUUCUGGAGGAGGAAUCGCCAGGCAUAACAACGUUCCCAUAAUAUGUUCUGCUGGCAAUGAUGGGUGGAAUCAAAGCCCCAUACAGCAUUAUCCAGCGUGUAUGAGUGAUGGUGUAGACGGUAUUAUUGUUGUAGGAGCUACAGACAACGAAGGGCGUAUUGCAGCCUUUUCUCAAACCGGACCUGAGGUGUCUGUGUUCGCAUCUGGCGUUAAUGUACCCUGUUCAGGCGAUUCCGGUACCCCGGAUGAAACAGUAUUUCGGUCAGGGACAUCACAAGCCACAGCCGCAGUUGGUGGCCUUGCUGCCCUUUUGCUAUCAAUGGAAAAAUAUCGAGCUGAGUUACAGGAGCAAGGGAAAAUUGCUGGUAAUCUCAGAAUACUUAUCAUGAGAUUGGCCUAUCCAAGACACGGAUCGGUGAGGGUUAUAUGGAAUGGGGAAAUCGGCGGUAGCUGCGCUCACCCUGUACGUAGGGAUGAAACAAAUGUACAGGCUUGCAAAUCUCGCGCAUCAAGCAUAUCUGCCAGCACGUCUACUAGAAAGUCUACCAGCAAGCCUGGCCUGUCGUCGACAAUUACCUCUUGUUCUCCAGUCUCUGCACCUGCGACAACGCAUUCGGGGACUACAUUGCCUGCGACGAGAUAUUGCACAUGCAAUGACGGUAUGACGGCCGGUAUUGGAACUACUGUUGGCAAGGAUUCCUUGACGGCCUAUACUUGCCAGUUUGAAGGAGUAACAACAAUGGCCUUGACCACCGUAAUGCCUACAAAUAAACCCGGUGUAGGGGGGGUUCCAGGGUGUGCUGCGUAUCCUGCAACGACCGGGACGUCAGCCUAUUCAAGCUAUGAUCCAAAGAUCCCAGAGCCAACUACUACUGCUGCCCCUGCACCCGCCGUAACAAACCCUCCAGGGACCUGCAAAACAAAUGUCUUUCUAGGGUACGAAAAGAUUGGAGUUGUCAGUGGAUAUAUGAUAAAAGCAAAUAUCAUGGAUCCAAACGGGGUUCAAAUCGGCUACAAUGAAACACGUGCACCCCUUGAUGACGGAGAAUCAUUGCCGAUAGACAGCAAGCUUCCCUGGGUUCUAGUCCUGACUCAAGGCAUUGAUGGGAGCCCUGAAAACUUGAGCCCUGGCCAAGCUGUGCUAGGGAUCGAUUUUGGAUAUGCCAACGAACACUGGGAUAAUUUUUCGAAUAAUUGCUCCAGGUGGGUGGACGGUGGACCUGACACCGCCCAGCCGCUAAAAGAAUAG